UAAAUUUUUUCAGACUCGCUUCAUCAAUAAAAGACAGUGCUUGAUUCCCCCCUUAACAAAAAAAACGGUCCUCAUUGUAUGAAACCAAAAUUUCUAUCUCUAGAAUAAUGAAUGGGACAAUAUGAUGUCGGGUGGUUUGCUGGAACCAAUUUUCUCUUUUUUUUCUGCCUUCUUUCUUGUAGUGUGGAUGAGAUCGUCGCCCACCUGAAACCCAGGCAGAUGUUUCUGUCGUUGGAGUUGAAGGUGGUAUCACUCGUGGUGCUCAUGCCAGCUAAGUCCGCGAAGAGCUUGUAUCUAGCCUCUUAUGUAUCUGGCAUCGAAGAUACAGGCAUCCCAAAGCAAGACCCCCUUAGGUACUACGCUCUUCCCUUCCCGUCGCUACAUGCUCCACCACUCUUAAUGCCAUAUACACGGAAUGAAUUACCAUUGGUAUUCCCAUAAUAUUCCAUCCUAAGCACAAAAUGCACCAGGCAUAACCACAAACCCCCAAGGAUAAAUCACACUGCACUGCCUGCGCUGCGUGUAUUAAGUGCGAAGCAAAUCUGCAUGCAACACAAGAAGUUCACAAAGAAAUCAAAGUCUUCUUUCCUCUAAUAAUACAACGACGAU